AUGACCAGCCGAAAUCUCAACCAAACCUGGCGCGACGUCGUCCUCAAGCAAUACGAAGCCGACCACGCGGCCGACGUGCCCUUCCCCGUGCGCUACCUGAUCCACGCGCCCGAGUGGCAGAGAGACAUCUCCAUCUCGAUUCCCACCAAGAUCGACGUGGCCCCCUUCCGUCAAGCCGUCCUUGCCUUUUGCAAAGCCAGACGCCUCGCCGACGACCCGGCCUACGACGGCGACCUCCUCAGCGUCCGAGCACGCGUUUCUCCACGUCCGGACCCGUCUGCGUCGGCUCCACGCAAUGAUGAUGAUGCUCCUUCCCCGCAAGACGACAUUGACCAGCCCGAGCCUGGUGUUGCUGGUAUCAGCGGCUGA